GACGUGUUCAUUAAGAGCCAAGAGUUUACAGUUUCUAUAGUUCAAUAAUGGAUAUUGAGGCUUCUGAUAAGCCAAAUUUUUGUGUUGGAGAUGAUGAAGAACAUUUAAAUUUUAAAUGGCUAACAUCAUUCGAUAAAAGUACAUUGCAUUCACCUUUUCGUCAAGACUUUGAAUCUGAAGAUGAUGAUAAUGUUCCUUUGAUAGCGUGGUUUCCAAAGAAGAGGGGUACUAUCACACUGCCUGUUAAGAGGGUAUUUGAUAACAACAGUUCCUUGUGCGGUUUGAUGAAGAAAUCCAAGGUGUCCCCAACAUCAUAUGAUGAUGAUGAUGAUGUUCCUGCCAUGUCAACGGAUAAAUCAUUUUCCUCACUCAAGAAAGAACUUGCAUUUGUAGAAAAAUCAUUUGAGGAUUGCCAAAGGACGACGCAAAUAGAAAAGGAGAGAUUGCAUUCCAUAAAGAGAGAUAUUGAGGAGUGCUCCGAAGAGCUUGAAAAUAAGAAAAAGAAAAUUAGUCAUGUUGGAAGAAUGAACGAAGCUCACAAGAAAAUGCAGGGAAAAAUUGAAGAAUGUGUCAAGGAUUUUGUAGCAAAGGAUGGACAGCUCUAUUUGGUGGAGGAAUUGAUUCAAGAGCGCAAGCAAGAACUCAACACAAAAGAUAUGGAACUUUGUCAAGUCAUGGAUAACAUUUCAAAACAGAAGGAAUUUGAAAGCCAAGUGAAGGAGCUAGUGAAUGAUUUGGUAUCAAAACAGAAGCAUUUUGAAAGCCGCAUGGAGAAGCUUAAGUCAAAAGAGAAGCAGCUUGAUGGCCGAGUGGAGGAGCAUAAAUCAAAACAGAGAGAAUUUGAAAGCCAGGUGAAGGGGCUAGAAUCUAAAAAGAAGAAUUUAGAAAUGCAAGUGGAGGAUCUCAAAUCAGAAGAAAGACAAUUGAAAGGACAAGUUAAGGAACUUGAGUCUGACAAGGAAGCAACUUGAUGUCAGAGUGAAGGGGUUAGAACCAAAGGAGGGUGAACUUGAAGGGUGGGUGAAGAAGCCGGAAUCAGAAAAGAAGCAUUUCGAGAGCCAACUGAAGGAGCUCGAAUCAAAAGAAAAGAAAUUUAAUGGACAAGUGAAGGAGUUCCAGUCAAAAGAGGAGGAAUUUAACAGUCAAGUGAAGGAGUUUAAAACGAAGAAGGAGGAAUUCAAAGGUCGGGUUAAGGAGCUUAAAUAAAAAAAGAAGCAAUUUAAAACCAAGGUUGAGGAAUUCAAAUCAAUAGCGAAGCAAUUUGAAGAACGAUGGAAAGAACUCGAGUCAAAAGAGAAUAAGUUCAAAGUACUAGUGAAGUCACUCAAGUUAAAAGAGAAGCAGGUUGAAGGAGAAGUCGAGGAUCCCGAGUCAAAGCUAAAUAAACAUGAUGGAACACCGAAGGAGCCUGAGUUGACAGAGAAACGAUAUGAACCAUUAAUAAAAUAUUUUGAUGAGGAAAUAGAAUCGGCUACAUCUUACAUGGAUGAUCAAUUAAGUCCAACCACUGAUGAAACAAGUUUGCAGUUGCUCCCAAGUGAUGAAACUGACAUUCUAGUUGAUCUGCAAGAAUCAUCAGAUCCAGCAAAAUUUGUUCUGGAUAUAAUACUGAACCCGAUUAUUCCACGGUGUAAGAAGGGAGACCAUGCUGUGAUUAUUGAUGGUAGCAACAUCUUUCUGUUGGAACAGCUGAUGAAAAUCUCACCGUCACUGAAGAUUAGCCCUUGUGUAAAAAAAGACGCAUUGAAGCUCGCACUUGAUUUGAAAGUUAACAUGAAAGAAAAUACUGAAAAUUCUUUGGUAGUUCUUGGUUUUCUACUGCUUUUGUCAAUUUAUGAAUUGCUUACUUCUUUUGAUGAAGAUGAAGUCUUGGAGCUCUUCGCAUUUGUUGCUCAGCACAAGAUAGCUGUGGAACUGUUUCGGACCUUGGGUUUUGCAAAUAAACUUUCAGAUUUUGUUGAGAAAACUUAUUAGGAAGAAGCAAUUUGUUGUGCUUGUUACUUGGCUGAGAAGAAUCAAAAAGUUUUUGUGCUAGAAAAAACUUAAUGUUAAGGGACGGAAGGAGAAAGCAAAUUUCAAUUAUAUACUCCAACUUCUUGAACAUUUUUCACUUCUUAAUGUUAGGUUACUCUCUCUUUUUUUUUCUUAUGCCUCUUUUUCUUAUUGUAACUGUA